CUACAAUGACGUUGCUCACUCUGUAGUAAGCAGUUCAACAGGGCGCUCCUUGGAUACCUUAAGAGAGCCUCUUUUCUAAACUCUGCCCCGGGAAACCAUGGCCGAGCAGGCCUCGGGGCCCUCCCGGCCACCUCAGUAUGACGGGGUUCUUCAGCAGCAUGCGGCCGCGCAGGAGCAGGACCGAGCAGACUUCCUGAAGCUGAAACAGCAGCUGGAAAUUGAGUUCAACCAGAAGAGGGCCAAAUUUAAGGAGCUCUAUCUAUCUAAAGAAGAGGAGCUGAAGAGGCAGGCUGCUGCACUGGAGAAGGCCCAGGUAGAGCUGAGCAGGGUGCAGGACCAGCUGGACGAGGCUAAAGCUGAGAUGGAGACCAUCAAAGCAGUGGCCACUGUCUCAGAGAGCACCAAGCAGGAGGCCAUUGACCAGGUCAAACAACUAUGGCAGGAGGAGGUGGCGUCACUGCAGGCUAUUAUGAAAGAUGCAGACCAUGAGGUGAAGGUGCAGUUCCAUCAGAAGUUGGAGCAGGAGCGUGCUCAGUGGGCUCAGUACCGUGAGGCAAUGGAGAGAGAGGUGGCAGAGCUCCGCCACCGUCUCUCUGUAGGACAGGAGGAGGAGAAUUUAGAGAAUGAUAUGAAAAAGGCUCAGGAGGAUGCAGAGAAACUGCGUUCAGUAGUGAUGCCAAUGGAGAGUGAGAUUGCAGCUCUGAAGGCCAAACUGUCAAGUUCAGAAAAUCGGGUUAAGGAUUUGGAGGCAGCUAAGGUGAAGGAGCUCAAUCACGUCCUAGAGGCCGAGAAAUCAUGCCGAACUGACUUGGAGAUGUAUGUUGCCGUCCUGAACACCCAGAAAUCUGUCCUUCAAGAGGAUGCUGAGAAACUUCGGAAAGAACUCCAUGAUGUGGUUCACAUGCUGGAAUUGGAGCGACAACAGCACAAUCAGCUGAAAAACACAUGGCAGCGUGCCAACGAUCAGUUCCUGGAGUCACAGCGCUUGCUGAUGCAAGACAUGCAGCGCAUUGAGAGCGUGCUGUCCUCUGAACAGCUUCGACAGGUGGAGGAGAUAAAGAAGAGAGACCAGGAGGAGGAUGAGAAGGAGAGAUUGAGUCAGGCUAAAGAGACCAGUGAGGAUGAGGGAACAGAGCAUCCAGAGGCAGUGGAGGACUCUCUGCUCGGACUCUCCAUAGAAGAGCAGUCCCACAUCAGCCACAGCAUCCACAGUUCCUUACACUCUCUGGACACAGACACUUCAGGCCACCAUGAUGGCUCUGACCCCUAUAAAGAUGGCCUUCGGAGGGUGCAGUCCACAGACAGCCUGGGGUCUUCAGGAGGGGUUCUAAUGCCUCACGGUCUGGGCGGACACAACUACAAGGCCAAGUCAGCCAGUCAGCUAGAUGAGUCAGACUUUGGUCCUCUUGUUGGGGCAGACUGUGGGGGCUUUGAAAGCAUGGACACCUCAUCCAUAUCUUCCCUGCAACCAGGACAAUUUCUCCUCACAAAGGACCAGGAGAAGGCCAUUAAGGCCAUGACACCAGAGCAGGAGGAGACCGCAUCACUCUUGUCCAGCAUCUCUCAUACGGCUGAUACGGCUUACCUGCCUCCGUCUGGCUACAGAUUGGUCAGCGAGAGCGAAUGGAACCUUCUGCAGCAAGAGUUGAAGAAUGCUGGAAGGAAGCUGGGCCGGAGAUGUGAUAUGUGCUCUAAUUAUGAGAAACAGCUGCAGGCCAUUCAGGUACAGGAGGCCGAGACACGAGAUCAGGUUAAGAAGUUGCAGGUGAUGUUGCGACAAGCAAAUGACCAGCUGGAGAGGACGAUGAAUGAGAAGCAGGAGUUGGAGGACUCUGUCAAACAGGCCAAUGAGGAAACCACUGCAAAGAUCUCAGAGUUGAAGCAAAAAGUUCAGGAAUCUGAAUCUCUGGUCAGUGCUCUUCAGCAGGCCUUCAGCCAGGCCAAGAGGAACACCCAGGAACAGAUGGCUGUGUUGCUGCAGUCCAGAGAGCAGGUGACUGAAGAACUGAACCGUUUGCAGAGAGAUAAUGAGAGUCUUCAGGGUAAACACAGACUUCACCUAACACUGCAACAGCAAGAGGACUUUCAGAUGCCAUCCACUGUACAGGAACUCCAACAGCUGGUGUUGCAGUACAGGGAGGACAUUGUUUCGGUCAGAACGGCGGCAGAGCAUCUGGAGGAGAAGCUGAAAGCAAAAAUAUUGUUCCUGAAGGAGCAGAUUCAGGCAGAACAGUGUCUGAAAGAGAACCUGGAAGACACACUACAGGUGGAGAUAGAGGGCUGUAAAGAAGAGAUUGCGUCUUUUUCCAGCUUGAAAAUGGAACUGGAACGAGUGAAGAGUGAAAAGGAACAGCUGGAGAGCAGCUUGUCAGACAAGAGCCAGACAUUGGAUGGUGUACAGGCCCUGAAGAACAGGCUGGAGGAACAGCUGAAAGAUGCCCUCAGCAACAAGAGUGCUUUGGAGGGUCAAGUGUUUGAAGAAAAAGAUAAGGCACAGCGACUGCAGACGGAGCUGGAUGUCAGUGAGCAGGUCCAGAGAGACUUCGUCAAGCUGUCCCAGACUCUUCAGGUGCAGUUGGAGCGGAUCCGGCAGGCGAACUCAUUAGAGCGGAUCCGGGUCAUCCUUAACGACACCAACUUCACAGAUAUCAGCCAGCUUCCCGAGACAUGAUGUCACUUACUUGUUUCGACUUCUACAUAUAAACACACUUACAUCCACACUCCACCUAUACCCUAGUCUUCAGCCCAACUUCAUCACUGUGCCCACCCCCACAAGGGUCUCUAGCCAAUCAGAACAGGCCUUGAGGAGUCUGGGGUGGGCUGUUUGUUUGUUUAGUCUUAAGUUAAAGAAGAAACCAGUUGAGUGAGGAAGACCUGAGACAAAAUGCAAGUAUUGGAGAACACUACUGAAAUCUACUGCUGCUGAAAUGCUUGUAAAUAAGUUUUCAAGGAGAUCAAAAAAGACAGAUGUCUUUGGUCAAGUGGAGAUUUGGUUUUAACCAGAUUGUGUCUCGUAAUACAGUUCUCCACUGUGCAUCCUGAAGAAGCUGACUGCCUUUCAGUGAGUCAGCUUCUUCAGUUCAGGAAAUGAGAGCAAAUGGGUCCCCAUGAUAGUCAACCAUUUCUUGACCCUACCAAAGUUCUCGUAUCUUCCACCUUCUCCAUCUUUUGCAUUUCCACGCUCUCCUCUACUGAUAUUCCUCAACCUGUCUUCUUUUAACCUCUCUCCAUCUGCUGAGCUAAAAGCAGCGAUUUAUGAAGGAAACUGACACACCUGAAGAUUUUUGUACAUACCUGUAAACAGAUUAUACUAUGUGUAUAUUGCAUUAGUUAAGUUAAUACACAAGACUGUGAUUUCCCCGUCUUGCCCCUUUCACGACACAUUCACAAGGCAAUGCAAUGUUUCUCAAAUGCCAAUAAUUUCUCUGAGAUUCAGGGCUGUCAUUUAAAUUCACAGGGCUCGAGACAAAACUAUUUUAGUGGGCCCCCUCCCCUUGGUACAAUGUUUACCAGUUGUUCUUUUCUGUCGACAGCCCUGCUGGGAUAUAAUUACGGUCUGUGUCAUAUUGCUGUUUUUUUUCUCUCCAUUCCACUUGAGACCCUCCAAAUCUCCUUGGGAUGCACAUUGUUUCUUGAUUAUUUUUCCUUUCUUCAUAAUGAAUUUAGGAGCUUCUUAACUUGUUGCCUGAAGCUACUUUGGUUGCAACGGACGGUGUUUUUGUGAUAUUUAUUUGCUUUCAAUAUAUGAAGGAUAUUCACAAACACCAGUCUGUUUCAGUUAAUUGGUCCGCUGACAUUUACAGCUUACAAAGUACCUGGUCUGAUUUUGAGUUGCGUAAAUGAUUUGCGUUUGGUAUAUGGCAACACCACUUGCACUGUUUUAGAAGGUAUUUCACCCCAUCAGUCUGUUAUCUGCCUAAAGAAAGACUGCUAACUGUAUAAGCACACCAUGCUUAUGAAUUACAGCCAUUAUGAUGCUCUUCAUGACUAAGGGGCAUCCUAAGCUGUGUAUCUUUUGUGUACCACAUUUAGUGGUAUCUUAAACUGUCUGUCUGGCCCACGUCCAGCGUUAACAGAAUUAAAACUCUGGUAUGGGAUCCACAAAACCAAAGCUUACAUACUGGGCAUAUUUGGACAGUUUAAAUCAUAUUGGAAAGAUGGAAGCAUAGAAAAUGUUGCGUGUGAAAUUUUCUGGCUGCUUUUUCAAACAAUGUAUGCCAAGAGAUGUAGAUAAACUACAGGUAUUCUGAAAGUUUUAGCACAUAUUUUACAUUUCUUACAGACAAGCCUAAUCAAAAUGGCAUGUGAUUUUGGCAUUUUAAAUGAAUUUGUGGUGUACUUUAGAUCAGGCUGUAGAAUCCGUAAUGAAAAAUAUAAUUGCUUUGCCUUUGGAAGUCUGGUCAUGAAAACGGCCAUGUGAUUGACAACUGAAAAUUGGCUAAACUCUGAUGUAAUGGAUGGUCAAAACCCAGCAGCAUUGUUUGCUAAUUGUGUAAUAAGACGUUUACUAAUCAUGGCAUUUGUUCAUAAUCAAAAGGUUCUAUUUGAAUUGAUUCAUAGAAUUGUUCUCAAGAGAAAAUGAACCACAAAUGCUGUCAUUUUAUGACCUUUUAAUUUCAUUUGACAAACUGCUGCUCGUGACCACUAUGUGGACUGUUGAUAAAGAAGCAGCUGUUCUGUGUGAAUGUGUUGUGAUGAUGUUCAUUUUAUUACCUGUACGUUGCACUUCAUAACACAUGUUCUGUGCUGUCUAAACGUCGCAAACACAGCUUCUUCAGAGGCUUGUUUCACUAUAGCAACAAAACCUUUUCACAUCAGAGUAGACAACAGCAGUUUUCAAGUUGUCUGAAUAUUUUAGGAACUACAUUUUUCAAGACAAGCACACACUGAUGUAACUCUAAUAACUCAUAUUUUGGUGAGAGACUACAUUUUUAUGAAAAUUAUGAUAUAAGAAAACUUCUCCAGUCAGUAUAAUUUAUGACCGUCAUUCCUAUUGAGUCUGUGAAGAGCGAUCGUUCAGAUACUUUCACCAUAACAACGGUUGUUUUUGUUCGCAUGCUGUGUUGCAAAUGCAGAAGCCCUUGCAGAUUGAUAUACUGUACUGUGUACAUAUCCUUGUAUAUAUCUAUAUAAUAAAACAAAUUGAA